GCAGAAGUUGUACGUACGCUGUACUGGCGCAUGGACACAACUGUCUUGGAGUCUGGAGUGUUUAAUUGAUAACUCUAACGGGAUUUUACUAUGGCUGGCCAUAUGGCUCUACCUAACACCUUGUCUGGCACUUAUCAUGGUACAUCCACGGCGAAGACUGAGCCUGGACCCAGGUGUCUCAAGUGCAUUGAUGGAUGCCCGGGGCUAGAACUCCAUUACUGGAGAAAAGUGUGCAAGAAUUGUCGUUGUCCUCAGGAGGAUCACGACAUACAGCCUGAUAAAGAGCGGGAUUUUCGACCAAUCAGUUUGAUUUUUGACACAGUGUUCUCACCAGACGUCAAAUCUGAUUGGGUGUCCAGAUUUGAAAAGUUAAACUUGCAGGAUCCUAAGAUAUUGGCCCAGCUCUGUUCGCCGCAAAACGAUGUUGUUAUUUCCAAACUCAUCAGUGAAAACCUCAGAUCUCAGAAGUACAUUUCAAUGCUGCCAGAAGACAAACAAGAGUUCGCAUCGCAGCUGCGCAGACGCCAACUACAGCGACAACUUCCGUUACAUGACCUUGACCCGAGAUUUUGUAACAGCACAUCAGAAAAGGAAAUGCACAAGUAUGAAAAGUUCUCCGAAAAACGCAGAAAGAAGGCAGCGGGUAUUGGACAGAUCGGAGAAGCACCUUCCGGUACUGCUGGGUGUUUGAGGUGUCACAACUGCAAGCAGAGCAUGGACUCAGGCUCGGUGUCCGUGUACGCCGGUCGUCUACCCGGCGAGUGCUGGCAUCCACGCUGUUUCUCGUGCGCCACGUGCAAGGAGCUUCUCGUCGACCUCAUCUACUUCUACAAGGGCGGGGACAUCUACUGCGGCAGACACUACGCCGACCUGCUCUACCCCAGGUGCACCGCCUGUGAUGAAAUCAUAUUUGCUCGCGAGUACACCCAAGCUGAAAACCGGUCUUGGCAUGUCCACCAUUUCUGCUGCUGGUACUGUGACGCGCCCCUGGCGGGACAACGCUACAUCGCUAAGAACAACAACCCAUACUGCCUUUUGUGUUUUGACAAACUCUUCAGUAAGGUAUGCAGCACUUGUCAACGACCAAUCACAGCUGACUCCCCCGGUAUGAACCACGGCGACCUCCACUGGCACGCAUGCCCACACUGCUUCAGCUGCCACUGCUGCGGGCGCAACUUGAUAAACCAACAGUUCCUACUGCGAGAAGAUAAACUCUUCUGUAGUGUGGAAUGUCGUCAGAGACAGUUAAAUUACCCUACGUCAUACGCCAGGCACUACCAGUCAUGAUUAGAGACCAGUCAUUAUUUUAGUUGUUGAUCUGUGUUGAUAGUUACUGUGGGGAGAGACCUUUUGUAGGUGGAUUUUUUGGCACGAGUCUGAAGACAGUCCAUGGAGGAUUGGAUGAACUUCAUCCAUCCAACAAAUGUUUUGGUUUUGUAUUUUUGUUUUCUUUUGUACUGUUUAAAAUUUACGACGAUGUCAGAAAAUCACCUACAAAAGAAUGAGACACUAGAGUAUACCCAGAUUCAUGUAUUGGGAGUAUUUUGUUUAGUUCCAUCUUAAUUAGAUACUAGUUGAUCACGGUUGCCUGACGCAUAAAAUGCCAUUGAUCUUAUUUUAGUUUAAUGCGAUAACUUUAAGGCACCGAUGGUUUAUUAGUAAUCUAAUCAUUUUACACAUGUACUUGCAUCCACCGAAUGUUCUAGUAAGGCCCUCUUUGACACAAGCUCUUGCCCUGCCAAAUAUUUCCAUUAAGGAUAUAUUUAAUCUGUACUGUGAACCGUAUAGAUGUGAAACGUAUAGUAUAGAAUAUAGUAUAUGAAGAUUCAUGGAAUCAAUCCCUCUUUUUAUUAAGUACCCAUUCGACUUUGCACUGUACAGAGAUACGGUCUUAAUAGUGGACAACGGUCUUGUCGUUCAAAUAAAAUAUACUGUACACCACAUGUGCCAUAUGAAUUUAAUAUCUGUGAUAGAGAUGGAUAUUAGAUAGUCUAUAUUACAGGUGCUUCAAGUGUAUGUGAAUAGAUACACGACUAAGGCAGCAGCAGUCCAAACAAGCCUAGAUAGAACCUGGCAGACAGCUUAUCAAGGGCAGAUCCAGGAGAUGGACCGGGGGGACUUAUCCCCUUAAAACUAUUUAAGUGCCCCGUUUUUAACAAUGUUUACAAUUUUCAUUUCACGAAUGCAAAACCUUUACUGCGAUGCCUUUUUGAUGGGUUAUUUAGCGUGCCUUGUUUUCUCUAGGUCCCCUCCCUAAAAUAUUUCCAAGAUCUGCCCUUGUUUAAUGAUGAUGUUUGGACUGCUCCAGAUGGUGAAACAUGGAUGGAAUAUCCCUAAUGCCUACUGGGUAAUUUUAUAAUGCAAGUACAGGUUUAUUAUUUAAUUUUAUGCUAUGAAUUGAUUUUGUAUAAAACACAAAAUGGCUUCAGUGUAUUUGGCAUGUGGUAAUUAUAACACUGUAAUAUUGAAUACUGAAUAUUGUAAUUACGUCAUUGAUAUGCUUAGUACAUUUGCCAGUAUUCUAUACAUCUGGGCUGCCUGCUACAGACAGCUCAGCUUGUAUGAACAUAAGCACAUACAGAAUAAAGAAGAUAUCAACAACAUUGAAUGUGCAUAUUGCUGCGAAACGUAGUUAAGAUUAGACCUACUGGCGUGCACAUGCAAUAGCCGUACAGUUACAGACUCUUGGGAACAAUAUUUCUAUUUUGAUUUAACACUGCCUCAGACGCGACUUACUAGCAUCUGAUAGAAUAUAGAUAUAUGCUAAGACAAGACAGUUUAGCACAUUGGCACUAUUGCAUUGUACUUUAAAAGAAAGCUACAUUCAAAGACAUGACAGUUAUGCAUUUCAGUUUAUAUUGAAGAUCUUCCGCUACUUACAAUGACAAAUGAUCCAUCAGUUAAAUCUAGUUUCAUUUUCAAAGUCACCAGUUUUCUUUUUGUUUGAGCACAUUUACAGAAUUGCUAAACGUUUUUGUAUUGGUAUAUAUUUUGUCAGUAGACCGAAAAGCAGUUUAGAAUUCCAAACAUAUUAGCUUCAACGCCAUAUUAAAAACAAAGUUACUUUUGUUGUAUUUAGAACUAUCAACAAAGUAUUAAUAUUACACAUAAUGUACAAAAUAACUAUAAGAUAUUAAAUGAGCUUCCAUUUCGUAUCAUGUUUAUGUCCCGAGUGAAAUAAUUUUCAACUAUUAUUAUUUCAACUUAUUUAAAAAAAAUCAUUUUCGUGCUUAUACCUAAUUAAGGUUCAAUAACAAAAUAUUUCACGAGGGACAUAAACAUGAUACGAAAUGGUUUGGAGGUUAACAUCCUAUUUAUUACCCAUAAUCGAUCUUAAUUUGUAACAUUCAACUCGUUUGGUUAACGUUCCGGUACUGUUGUAGUGCGCUAAUCGAUGACGUCAUCGUGUAACGUCGAAGUGUUACGUUCCACCGGACGUUUUAGUGGAACAUAUCACUUUGAUAUGUACCAAUAUAGUUUAACCAUAUGGGUAAUAAAAUAAGUAUAUUUAAGAAGUAUAAGAAAUAUUUUUUAUAUUCUUUUAAAAAAAUCACUCCUAUGUUUACAGGUUUACACUAUUUAAAAACCUUUUUUAAAAAAUCAACACUUGUUUAUAUAUGGACUAAUAAAUCUUAAAAUACGCCGAUUUUCCCGAUCCUUCAGAGUUCGGAAGUAAACGUUUAAGACUCUACGUGAUCCUAUCUCCUAUCCUAUAGUUUAAACUCGUAUGUUUGGCUUCUGAUUCUAGAGGCUAACGUUUUGUUAUGGUGGCAUCGGGAGUUCAGUUAAUGUUGUGAAUCAUGUAAGGGUUUUAAUGUUUAUGUCUAUAUUUGUUAAGAAAAUAAUUUUCAUAAUCUACAUUUUUUGAUUUUCACGAUUGUAGAAUAGAAUUUUUCUUAUUUUUUGUUCGCUUUGUUUUUGAGAUUAUGUUAUUUUUAGAAGAGCAUAAUUUAAGCUAUCUGUGAUAUACGUUUUGUGUAGAAUAUUUGGCUUGACUUUUAUGUAAAUUGCAUUUUAAUUUAUCAUGGUAGCAUGCAUAUUUUAUUUGUGUGUUGAUGUUGUUACGUUUAGAUGAAAUAUUCUUCAAAAAGUCAUUUAUUUUCGUAAUUGAAACGUAAAUACCGAUGAAUACUAUGGCAGCAUCAGUCUUAUAAUCAUGACCCCGAGCAAAUGAACCGCCCUAUUUCUAAAUAUUCAUUAAUGCGGUGAAACCUCUCAAAACCGGACCUUCUGUAAACCAGAAUUCUAUCAAAACCGGAUGUUUUUCACGAUCCCUUUUUAAAUAUCAAUCCAAAAGAGAACCUUUCUAAACAAUAUCCCUAAAUACCAGACAUUUUACUUGGUACUGAGGGUGUCCGGUUUAGGGGGUCUCACGGUAUUUGCAAUUUCAGUAUUUUUCGGGAACCCUAGUUUAUCCAACUAGUAACUUUCCCGGCUGCUAACCUUUAAAACAUUUGAAUUAUUUAUUUCUGCUUACAUGUGCGGUUUAACCAUUACCUAACAUUAUGUUUGAACAUCUAUCCGUCUGCCUUAUGUUUGUGUGUCUUUCGUAAAUGAAUGCGUGUUACUGUUUUGAAACAGGUGAAAAACACCGACCAUGUUCCAGUUAUAUACGACAAUCUUGGUUAUGGAAACAACUUUGCUUUCUAAAACCUAACCUUUUUUCUUUUUGUAGAAAAGUGUCAUCGAUGGUCAUUGUUAAUUAUCGAAUCAAAUUUGUGUUUAAAAUUGUAUACUAAAACAAUGAAAACAGCUUGAAAUGAAAUUAAAGUUUAUAAUAAAA